AUGGCUUCUGAUGAAGAGAGAUCUUUGAAGGGUCGGGCUGGUAAGCCAAAGGUCCGUACAGGCUGUAAAACCUGCAAACGAAGGAAGGUCAAGUGCGAUGAAGGGAAGCCCGGGUGCUUAAGAUGUCUGAAGUUCGGAACUGAGUGUGAAGGCUACCGACCCAAACGGUCAGGACAACAAGCCAAAGCAACCAAGGGCACGACAGCGCAUCGAAAACGUCUCCUUCUUCCCAAUGACUCUCAACUGAUACUUCGUCGAGCAUCAGAGCCCAUUCCUCAUUCCCCACAGCAGCCUCUUGCUGCAUCGCAACUAAAAGGCGGUCUGGAAGACCAGCAGUACCUAGGUAUCAAGAAUACCACCGAAGAAGACAGCAGCUUGUGGGACUUUGGUGAAGAAGUCCUUCACAAUAUACCCUGGGACCACAGACAAUCCGACCUUCCUCACACGGAGCCCACGAUCCAGCAGCUCAAUGACUCUAUCGCCGCCCUCAGCAAAGCAAAGAAUUUGGAACGAGCAGGAGACAUGUCAGGCCUGGCAUCUGCUCACUUCAAUUAUGCAUUUCGACAGUACGGUCGAGCGCUUGAAGGGAUCCGAGAGAUCGCAUCCUCCCCGUCGGAGACUCAUCCCACGAAAUUGCUCCUACACGCCUCUGUGUUGAUCUUCAUUUUUGAGAGCAUACAAGACAAUUCCAUGGUAGCGAUUACGCAUUUGAAGAGCGCGUACAAUGCUUUGGUCACUCGCGAUCCGUCACUCAAGGAAUUUGAACUUGCUAAGAUUAUCGAGGAAAUCAAUGAACAGUCGUCGUUGAAUGAGAUCUUCUUGCAACUCAAAGAUUUGCAGAUCCAAAGCAAUGUUCCUCCCAUCGUUGUUGGAUUUGUGCGUUCGAGCUUUGGCUGA